AUGUCUCCUCGGUACGCGUACGCUACCCUAUUGACAGACAACUCCUUCUACUACGGUGUAGAGGCGCUGUUGAAGUCACUCGAGGCUACCAAGACGCCUUAUCCUGUGCUUCUUUUGUACACAUCUGGUGUUUCUCAGAGUACGUUAAAAGCGCUGCUUCACAAACGUCGAAGAACCUGGGCGAGCGAGGAUGCGCGACCCCCAGUGGAGGAACAGGGAAAAGAGAAGGGUGCCAUCUCAAGUUCUCACGGGCCAGAGGCCACCGCCGGUAGAAACUGGCACACACUCGAAGACAGAAACUUGAACGCCGCGAGUUACUCUGUCGAACGUGACAAGCGUGGAGUUUGUAGCGAUUCAGAGCGUAUAAAAGAAGCAGAACGUAGACGUUCAGAAAAAGCCUUGCAGAGGGUGAAUGGAGAGGAUAAUAGCGUUUGUGUCAUUCCCCGUCUCGUUGGUUCUAUUGCUUAUCCUGAAAAAGAACGAAACAAGUGUCCUGUUGACAGCUGGAAGAACUGCUUUACCAAGUUGCGCGCAUGGGAGCAGGUUGACUUCGAUGUGAUUGUGUACAUCGACGCGGAUUGUAUAGUUUUGGGUCCCGUAGAUGAGCUGUUUCUUCGGAAACCAUUACCCGCCUUUGCUCCUGAUAUUUUCCCUCCUGAUAAAUUUAAUGCGGGGGUCGUGGUGUUGAAGCCGGACCUCGGCGAGUACGGGAAGAUGAUAGCCGCGAUAGAGCGUUUACCCUCAUAUGAUGGAGGCGACACAGGGUUUUUGAAUGCGUAUUUCUCAUCGUGGUAUGAAAGCUCUGCUGGUGCGCGUUUGCCCUUCCGGUAUAAUGCUCUACGUACACUGUAUCAUAUGACGUAUUGCAGUCACAAAGGCUACUGGAAUGCUGUCAAGCCGAUCAAAAUAUUGCACUUCUGCUCCUCUCCGAAGCCUUGGGAACAACCGGCAAAAACUGAUCUUGAAGACUUGUGGUGGAAAGUCUUCCUUACGGGUACUGUGCCAACUGACUCUCACAUCGUGUAA